GUACCCGAACCUCAGUCGGGCACGUUCCGGAGGUCGGCCGCCCAAUCUUUCAAUCUCCUUGCAGUUGCAGCGAGAGAGGGAAAGCAGACAGGCCGAAAAGAAAGGACAUGAGUUGCUUCCACGCCUUCCAUCCUUCGAGCCUUCGUUUUCCUCUCGACCCAGUUCCAAUUUCAAGAGCCAAACCACCACCGCCAGCCCGUCAAGAAACCACCCAUCUCCGAAUGGCCGUCCGGGGUCGUGUCGGACAGAAGGGAACUCCUGCGGCGGCGAAACCUCUGGUGCCCAGAAACGUCGAGCUCGUCACGAGCACGUCGAACCCGCUCGUGAAGCACUGCGUCAAGCUCCGCCAGAGCUCCUCCUAUCGCCACUCCCACGGCUCGGCUCUUGUCGUGGGCACGACCCCGAUCAGGGAGAUCUGUAAUUUUCAGUCGUUGAGGAGCACAACUGCCAUAAUUGAUUGCUUACUACUUCUUGAUAAAGCUCAGAUUCCUGAUGAUCUGGAAGAACAUUCAGUCCGCCUGGUGCGUGUAAGUUCAUUGGUUAUGGAAAAACUUUCUGGGGUCGAAUCAGCUGAAUCUAUCGAAGCUGUCGCUCUGAUGAGAAUACCUUCCACUUUCUACAAUGUCAACGACAAGGCCGAUGACAGAGAUUGUCGGAGAUGGUUUGCCUCUCCUCAUCGAAUUCUUGUGCUUGAUGGGAUCCAGGACCCAGGCAACCUCGGAACAUUACUAAGAUCAGCUGCUGCAUUUAAUUGGGAUGGUGUUUUUCUGCUUCCUGGCUGUUGUGACCCUUUCAAUGAUAAGGCCCUUCGAGCGAGCCGAGGAGCCUCAUUCCAGCUCUCUCUGGUAUUAGGAAGGUGGAGCAAUCUCAAAACCCUUCUAAAUGAAUUUCAGAUGAAGUUACUGGCUGGUCACCCUGAGAGCAACGCGGGACAAAAACUGGUGUCGAAUUUAUCUCCGAGUUUUGUUAAUUCAUUAGCCAAGGUGCCUGUAUGCUUGGUUUUGGGUAGCGAAGGAAGAGGCCUCUCUGAGGAAUCUGAGUCUCUGUGCGAGUUAGUGAGUAUCCCGAUGGCAGGAAAAUUCGAGUCUCUGAAUGUUUCAGUUGCUGGCGGAAUUUUUUUGUAUAUGCUCCAACCUCAGGUUUAUGUUGCUCCUUCCACAUUUUCCUAAUGGAAAUAGAUAAUUGAAAUUGACAAUAUAUAGUGAAUCAUUAGGAUGGCAAGUGCGAGAGGCAUAAUAUAUGUGUGCAUGGAGUGAAUCAUUAUGAUGGCUUUUAUUAGGACUGUUGAAAGAGUUUGGAGGGCUUGAAAACCUGAUCCGAACCAUAUUUCAUGGUUUGGGUCGGAUAUGGAUUAGGUUGUGUUCCUUUUUUAUAUAUCAAAAACAAGAAAACAUCAAACAGGUUUGGUUCGGGUUUCGGAUAAGGACCUGAACUGACCUGUUACUCAUAACACAGGAAAUAGGAGUAAAGAAGAAGAAAGACUGAAAUCUGCAGCUACCUCCAGAUCAACAACAAUUCUCCAUCCAGCCAUAUGCCAAUAAAAAGAAACUCAGCUCAGCAGCAUCGCUUCAGGGGAUCUCAAUAUUUCCUUGUUCAUUAAAUCAUCAAGAUCAACACUGGCGGUAAUGGAGAAGGAGAUCGACGAGUGCGCCAACAACGAUGAUGAUGAUGACUCAAUCUUGAGUGGGUCAGCUUCGGCCUUGAGUACCUCGACUCGUGUAACUUAAGAGUAUGCUGCAGAGCUCACCAGUUCCACUUUCACUUCACUGAAUCUCAGGUCCAGCUCCAGCCCCUUCGGCAUUGAGUCAUCGUCAUUGAAGAGAUUGACACUGACUGUAACGGAGGAGAAGAUCAACUAGUGGAUCGCCGACGAUGAGUUGGCUGUGAGUGAGUCAGCUUGGAGUGGCCCCUCACCAUUGCAAUCUAGACCAUGGAAAUUUGCAGAGUUUUUUAGCCAUGAAUUGCAGACCGGAAUGUCCGAACCUAAGUGAGCUGAACAGUUGAUCUCGAGUCAGGUAAUGACAGUUAGUGUUUGGUUUGGCUGAAGUUCUACCUCGAGCCAUUUGUUUCCGGUUGGGUCAAGUGCAAAAACCGGCCCAACCGACCCAUUGACAUCCCUAAUUAUGAUAGUUGACGUCAUGAACUGGUGCUUGUAUGUAGAUAUCUAUCCGCCGGAUGAUUUUUCUUCA